AUUUUUUUUUACGUCCACGUGACGAAAACACGAGUGACAUCAUUAAUAUGGCGGCGCUCUUGGGAAGUUGUCCACGAUUGAAUUAGCGAAAGAUGGAUAGCGGACGAUUGUGUUUUUUGGGUGCUCUGACUGCAGUUUUGAUAUCUGGCGUUUAUAUAUUAUGGGGUCCAACUCCUAAACAGAAGAAAAGAAGGAAAGAUUUAAUUCCAGGAUUGCAAAAUCUUGGAAAUUCUUGUUUCUUAAAUGUAGUCCUUCAAGCUUUGGCUUCUUGGUCCUCAUUUCUUCAUUGGUUAGAAGGAAUUUCCACAAAAAAUAAGUUAUCAAAUAAACCAAACUAUAGUCUGGUUGAUGCAUUGUAUCAAACAUUGAAAGAACUAAAUAAUCAGAACAGCCACGAUGUAUAUAGUCCUGUCAAUGUCAUUGAAGCUUUACAAGCAAGAAGAUGGGUUAUAACUAGUGAAGAACAGGAUGCUCACGAGCUAUUUCAUGUAUUAACUACUACAUUAGAAGAAGAAUUAUUGCCUCAUUUGUCUGUAUUGUCACUUUCUGAUGUAAACCAAUUAGUGGAUAAAGUAGAUGUUACGGAUCACCAGACAGGAAAAAUUAUAAACAGAUUUUCUUAUCCUCAAACUAAAGUUCUUAAGUAUGAAUGUCCAACAAGAGGACUUCUUGCUAGUCAAUUAAGAUGCAAAACAUGUGGCUACAGGUAUCCCAUCUGUUAUGACACUUUCGACAGUAUUUCUCUCACCAUCCCAAAUCCUCAUUUUGGCCAUCUAAGAAUACAAGACUGUUUAAAGAAAUUUAUAUCGUGUGAACUUGUUCAGGAUGUCAACUGUGAAGGAUGUGCCAAUAAACAAAACUGCAAAAACUCUAAUGAUCAAAAUUCCUAUAAAUCUACAUUUAUUAAGCAGUUAACAAUUGGCAAGCUGCCAGUAUGUUUGUGCUUCCAUAUUCAACGAACUAUUUGGUUGAGCAACGGCAUGCCAAUAAAAUGUUCAGAUCACGUGGCUUUUCCCGAACUUCUGAGCAUGGACGACUAUGUGUAUCAUGGAGGGAAAAACAAAAAUAUGGAUGGAGUCAUCUAUCCUUGGACACGCUUAAUUGGUGGAAGUCACUUUGAUUGUAAUAAAACAACAGACAUUGGAGAAAAUGAUUUGAAAUCUAAACAAAAAAUUCUUAUGGAUGCAUUUAGAAGACAUUCUAUUCCAAAUCCUGAAUCUCUUAGCAUUUCUUCAGAUGGAAG